AUGCUACGUCAUCCUCUCUUGAUCGCCUCACUAGUGGCACCGGUCCUUGGCUUUGACCAAGUGCUAGGCUUCAACACGGUCAUUGAGCGGGAAAACCGCACGCUCGAUGAGAUUUACCAGGCUGCUCUGGCCGAGGGCAACGUCGUGACACUGUGGCAUGGCGGAGAUGAAAAAGACCAGCAAGACGGACUCAAGCAGGCAUUCGAGGAGCGAUUCCCCGGCAUCACGCUCAACCUGACCGUCGACCUGUCCAAGUACCACGAUGUCCGCUUGGACCAGCAGCUCGCAGCCGGAGGCCAAGCCGUAUAUGUCGACAGCAUCAUUCUCCAGACCCUGCAGGACUAUCCCCGCUGGGCGCAACAAGGUGCCCUGCUCAACUACGCUCCUAAUGGUUUCGAUGAAAUUGAGCAGGCCUUCAAAGAUAAUGAGGCCGCAUACUAUGGCGUCUAUGUCUUUUUCUGGGCAGGGGCUUUCAACACUGAGAAGCUUCCAGGCAUUGAGGCACCUGUCGAAUGGGAAGAUUGGUUGCGCCCAGAGUUCAAGGAUAAGCUCGUGUUGACUUAUCCCAACGACGAUGAUGCUGUACUCUUUGCGUUUUACUUGAUUAUGCAACAAUACGGCGAGUCGUGGUUCGAUGGGUUAAUCGCACAGAACCCUUUGUGGGUGCGCGGCACUGCAACCCCAGGCACUAUUGCGCGCCAGAGCAACAACACCAGAGCAGCCUAUUUCGCAGCAGGAGGCGGCUUUGGCUCCUCAAGCCCAAUGAACUUUACUCACCCUGUCAAUGGCCAGUAUGUCUCGUGGGCACAGCACGCCGCGAUCCUCAAGAAUGCUCCGCAUCCCGAGGGCGCCAAGCUGUUGCACAAUUUCAUCCUCAGCCCCGAGUAUCAGGCCGCCACUGGUAGUUGGUCCGUCCGUCGCGAUCUGCCGGCUCCAGAUGGGUUUCCAGACUUGAGGAAUGAGACGGCCACAAACCCCACCUCCUUCCCCUUGUUCAUGGCGGAUCGGGCUUUGGUGGAGAGGCUGAGGUUUUACUUUGAGAGUCGCCUCGGUCCAGCUGUCGGACUUGAUCCAAUCGAUGACGAUAUUUAG